AUCACCCGGUACCGGUCCUUGGUAGGAAGAAUCGCCGGUGGACUCGGAUUUUGACGCUGCGUCAGGAAGCGGCGCGUGCAGAGCACAGGGCUCAUGAAUGACAUGUUCCGACUUCGGGGACUGUCUAAAAACUUUCCAGUUUCACUGCAGAGUUUGUGGACUUGUCAAGUGCGAGGCUUCUCAGAGCUUUGAUCGGAUUUGAGCCAUAUCGCUGUGAAAUCCACGUUCGUUGUUCGACCGAUCGGCUGUUCUUUUGAUUCACGAUGAUUCAGGCAAGAUGGAGUUUGGCCACCGGCCCCAUCAUCAUGCUCGGUGGAGUCUUCGCGGCUACGACUACUGCCUCCUUGCUGUGGGAGAAAUACGUGCAGAAGUCUGAGAAAGACACUCAAAACAGCUCAAAGUAAGAGCUAGGAUUUCAUCUACCUUGCUUAGGAAGAAUGAUGAUGAAAGUUACGAACAUGAUCACGUUUUCCCGGGUUGGUAGAACUGAAGUCAUUAUUUUUGCGGACCAUCGUGUUUACCAUAUGUAAAUUUAUACGCAAUUGUAAGUACCUUAAGCUAGUUUUAUGGUUUCUAAAGGUAAAUCAUUCUGACGAGCUUUCAGAUCCUGCUGAUACGUAAUCAAGUUGUUGCUGGAUACCAGGUCUAAUAAAACAAAAUAUUGACGUGAGAGAUAACUUGCGUUUCA